UUAAUUCAAAGUCAAGUUUUAAAGGAGUCACAUCUCUGAACAGAGGAGCGGAAGACACACACUCUUGCAGCCGAAAAACAGCUCCUAUUCUCGGAUACAAACCCCCCAGAGGAGCCCGGUCCAGGUUUUUCUAACGGAGGACUUGAUCCAGAUUCAGCAUGGCAGCCUACGACAUUUUGAGAAGUAAUAAGAUAUCCAUUGUGGACACUUUGUGUGCAUACGACAGGCUAAUCCUCAACAAAGCUUAUGAAAAGAAGUUGAUGACUGCACGCGAGUACAACAAACUGAGAAGCAUCAAGAAACUAGAUGCAGAGGGCCAGGUUGGUGAAUAAGAUCAUGAACAAAGGAGAGUGGGCCUGCCAAGCCUUCCUGAAGCUCCUGCAAACUGAUGAGGCUAUCCAGAAGACUUACCCUGAGCUGGAGAACAUACUGGAGGAUGAGCAGUACGAGUUGAAGAGCCAGCCCACCGGCCUCUGCCUGAUCAUAAACAACAAAACGUUUGUUAGUGGUAAACCGAGACGUGGAACCGAUAAAGAUGCUGAAAGCUUGGGAAAGGUGUUCACCUGGCUGGGGUUCAGAGUGCUGAUGUGUAAAGACCAAACCAAGGACCAGAUGGAGCGAGCGCUGAAAUGCUUUGCUUCUCAGUGCGACCUUUCUCAGCUGCAGGAGGUCCAGGUCCAGGAGUGGACUGGAAGCAGAUUCACCGAACUUCUAGAGGCUCCUCAGCAUGGCGAUGCCUUCAUCUGCUAUCUUCUCAGUCACGGGGGAAAGGGUGUGGUAUUUGGGGUUGAUAGGAAGCCCCUCCCUAUCAAACAAAUAACGAGAAUCUUCAUGGCAACUCCUCAAUCUCCCCUCACUGCCAAGCCCAAAGUGUUCCUGAUCCAGGCCUGCCAGGGGGACCAGAUACAUCCUAAGGUGGUAUCAGACGAUCCUAUGGUGUUAUUAUAGGGUCUGCAGGCUGAUAGCUCUCGCUCAACACGGCAGGCUGAUGACUCUGACUCGAAAUUCAUCCCUCAGGAAGCAGAUUUUCUAGUUCAUACUGCCAUCUGUCUGUAAGCAGCUAAUAGAGGGCUGUCAGAGGUGAAUGUCAGACUCAACAUUAAUUAUAUAGUUAUUGAAAUAUCCAAAAGAUUUUGUAGAUCUAAAUCUGAUGUUAAAAUCGUUAACAUAUAUUUUACCCUCGACUUAAUGUGACCAUCAUGUGAUAACAUGUUUUUCUACCCCUCAUAUUUAUUUAGGAAUGAAGAAAUUGAAGUCAUACUCCGCCGCGUGAACAAGGAAGUAGCCAGGAAAAACAGUGUUUUGAGAUGUGGUCCGGAGUCUGGUACGAGCUGUGGUCCAACAACGCAGAUGCCUGCAAUUUGGCACACCCUGAGGAAGCGUCUUGUGUUGACUCCUCGCAACUGAAGCCUCAUCGCCAAACACACAAUACUCACUGACUGAGGGCACCUGGCCGUCGGCACCUGAGGAGUGAAAGGCCCGAGCCAGAGUCUCUCUCUCUGCUGAGGAUCUGUUUGGAGAGCAGCUAUCUGAUUCAUGCUUUGGUUUACCUUCAUC